AUGGAUUCAACAUUGUACAAUGCUGCGGUGAAAGGCAAUACCAGCGAUGGUGAGUUUUUACUUGCUGAAUAUCUGAAAAGGGAUGAAGAAAUUGGGUACCAAGUCACUCCAAAGGGCAACACUGUCCUCCACGUCGCAUCCUUUUAUGGCCACUCCCAUUUCGUGGGAGAAGUCCUUGAGAUUACUCCGGCAUUGUUAUGCUAUAAGAACAAGAAAAAUGAAACUGCACUUCACUUAGCAGCAGCUAUUAAAGGGCACAAACGCGUGGUGAGGGUGCUACUUCACGCAGCUGGAGAGGAGAAUAAAGAGACACUCAUGAGGAUGACAGAUGACAAUGGAGAUACAGCCCUGCACAAGGCCGCGAGGAGUGGAAAUUUUGGCGCUGUCAAGGUGUUGGUCAAAGAAGAUUCUGAAUUAUUUAAUUUUCAAUUUCCAGCAAACAAUGCUGAGGAGACACCACUAUAUCUGGCGGCGGAGUCUGAUUUUGCUGACUGUGCGUCGCAAAUCUUGAAAUCCUCCAUCAGACCAACAUAUGGUGGUCCAUGUGGUCGAACCGCUUUGCAUGCUGCAACAAUCCAAAGAAACAGGAGAUUGAGAAAAGUAGUUUCUGAAAUGCUGGGGUGGAACAAAUCCUUAGCCUACCUUCCAGCAGGCAGUGAAAAUGACUGGACGACCACAAUUCACAUUGCAGCCAGUGAAGGUUAUGUAAACGUGAUAAAGGAGCUAUUAAAUCACUGUCCAGAUUGCUGGGAAUUGCUUAACAGCAAUGGCCAAAAUGCUCUUCAUGUUGCCAUAUCGAACAAAAAAAGAAGAGAGAAACUGUCAUUCCAGAGAAGGCUUCGCCAGUUUCGACGGGGACGACGCGACUUCGAGAUAAAACGGAAGAACAUGCACGAGCCGGAGGAUGAAAUGGAUUCAGGGGGCACAAAUACACAACAGAGGGAGAACAAAGCUAAGAGAGAUAAAAUAGGCAAAUUGAAAGAUAUUAUGACGGCAACUCAAAUACAUCUAGUAGUGGCCACUCUACUAGUUACAGUCACCUUUGCAGCUGCUUUGACAUUGCCGGGAGGUUUUGAGAGCGAUCCUGAUAGCCAUAAUAAAGGGAUGGCAAUGCUAAUAAGGAAAACAGUGUUCCGUGCAUUUGUUGUUUCGAAUGCCAUUGCCUUUACAUGCUCCUCUAGUGCUGUAUUCAGCUACUUCUUCAUUGCAGUAAAUGCAGCAUCUACAAAGAAGUUAAAAACUAUACGUCGGCUUUUGCGGCGGCGAGUUGGUUUCAGGUUGUCGCGAUGUCAGCCGUUGUAA